GGUGAAAUCAUUCUGGAACAAAAUGAUGUUUUCAUCGAUAAACAACUCCUUCGAGCAGGACACCCAUGACACAGACGGCAACUGUGAUGGUCCCGAUUUGGAUUUUGUAUAUGCUGACGUCGAUACAUACCAAAACGAAAUAGCCGAACUGUAUAGCUAUACCGAGUUCAGUGAAUUUCAACAAAAUGUCAAGGCGUUCGAGGACCAAAUGGACAUGUACAACUUGCCCCCAAAUUGGCAGAAGUUAGACACAUCUAGUCAGAGGGGCAUUAUUAUGAAGUUGAUUGACCAGCUCGAGGUUUCCAAUCGGCAAUUUCGCAUGCAGGCCGCCCGAUGUAUUUUGUAUUUGGCCCAAGGAUGUUGGGCUGAAAUCCAAUCGGACGAGGAGCAGCAACAGAAUACGCGUGACAACGUAAUUGUCCUAUACGAAUUGGGCAUAUUUUCGUCCUUUCUGGAUCUACUGAACAUGGAAAUAGAGAGUGCUUGCUCACCUGACAUUGUGGCAGUGAAAAUAACCAACGUCACUUUGGGUGACUCGGCCGAUUUACGAGUGAUUCUGUCAGUACUAUAUAUUAUAACAGAAACCAUACGUGACGAAAAGGAAAAAGGCAGUGAGGAUUAUCGGAAAAUUGCAGAAGCCUUCGUUCAGGAGAUCAACAGUCCUUUGCCGGAUGGAGAACUGUUGGCUGUUAAGUUAUUGGGAAUGAUAACGAGAUUUUGCAGUGGAGCUGCUCCCCAUUUCCCAAUGAAAAAAGUUGUGCUUUUGUUGUGGAAGAUAUCGUUGUUGGGAUUAGGCGGCAUGGAAGUUCUGAAGAAUCUCAAGAAUGAAUAUCGUAUUAAGGCCGGUUUGAGUCCGGUCACUGAGGACACAUUGGAGGUAACGAAAACUAUGCGUGCGAGUUCUCCACCGGUCACAGCGGCCGACUAUCUCGAUAAUCAGAAUUUAAAACGAAACGCUUUUCGUCGUUCCUUAAUGAAGCAAAGAUUUUUAGACGAACAGGAACAGAUGGAUAUGGAACUAACACCGGGAAAUGAAAGUGCACCUAAUGGCGGCAACAAUGGCAGCGGAGGUAAUGGUACUGGCCAAAAUGGAGAAGAUGAAUAUUAUCGACCGUUCGAGGACCCCUCCACCGGUGCUUCGUCGUCUACCAUAACAACUGCGAACCCAAAUAAUCUGCCAUGCUAUAAUGCACAGCCGCCCGUUGUACAGCCCACACAGAUGACAACCUGCUUGCCUUGGACACCAAAAGUGCGUCAGAAGGAUAUUGAUCAAUUUUUGGACAUUUCGCGCAAUAAGUUCAUUGGCUAUUCUUUGAUUGACGAUCACGAAAGCUUGGCCGGGCUUCCGCAGCCAAUACACGAGGGUGUGCAAACGCUUAAACGUCACAUGUACAUAAGCCUGGCAGAUAUACAAAUUAAAAAAGAGGAGGAAAUUGCCCGUAAUCCAAUAUCAACACAGGAAGACGAAGUAGUCUUGACGCCGGCUGAGAUCCUCUACCAGGCCAUACUGCCCAAUUUGCCACAGUACAUGAUCGCCUUAUUGAAAGUGCUGUUGGCUGCAUCUCCCACUUCCAAGUCGAAGACCGAAAGUAUUAACAUUAUGGCUGAUGUUCUCCCCAAAAAGAUGCCACUCACCGCCACACAAUCCACCAAGUUGACAGUGGACAUGGGACGCCAUAAAGAGAUUAUCGUGAAGGCGGUGUCUGCAAUUAUUUUGCUGUACUUGAAGCACUUCAAGCUGAAUCACAUCUAUCAGUUUGAGUUUAUGUCUCAACACUUGGUGUUCGCCAACUGUAUUCCUUUGGUGUUGAAAUUCUUCAAUCAGAAUAUCACUGAAUAUGUCAGCAUGAAAAAUACUAUCCCACUGCUGGAUUUUCCCUCUUGUGUGAUUGGAGAACAGCCAGACCUGUCAGCAGAGAGUUUUGUCUUUAGUGCCGAUGUCACAGACAAACCAUAUUCCUGGCGAAAUGUGUUUUCCUGCAUUAAUUUGUUGCGCACACUGAAUAAGCUAAUCAAGUGGAAGCACUCACGAGUAAUGAUGCUGGUGGUCUUUAAGUCCGCACCUAUUCUCAAGAAAACCUUGAAGGUGCGUCACGCCAUGAUGCAAUUGUACGUCUUGAAGUUGUUAAAAAUGCAAACAAAAUAUUUGGGUCGUCAGUGGCGUAAAUCCAAUAUGAAGACAAUGAGUGCCAUUUAUUCCAAAGUACGACAUCGUCUCAACGACGACUGGGCAUUUGGUAACGAUUUAGAAUCUCGUCCAUGGGACUUUCAAGCUGAAGAAUGUACACUACGUGCCUGCGUGGAUCGCUUCAAUCUUAGACGAUAUCCCGAAGCCACUCAGAAAUGUGGAUCUGGCGGUAAUAAUGGUAACGCCGGAAAUAAUACAGAGAAUUCGACAUCGGGAAAUAUUGCCGGUGGGAAUGUUGAUGGCAACGUGGCAAGUAACGGAGGUGGUGGCGGAAUCUACGGUGCUGCAAAUACUGGUAAUGGUAUUACCGCAGGAGUCGGUGGUCAACUGCAAGACUAUGGUAUUGAAGGUGGAUUUCCAAGCGAUGAAAUACUAACACAUUCGGAUUUUGCCUUCUUUGGACACUCUGGUUGGUGGGAUCGAAAAGUCGAACUUACAGAUUAUUUCAAGGCAAAUUAUACAACAUGGCUAGAGGAGGAAGUCUACAACAACCAGACAGAUUGGGAUGCUCUUUAA